UCUAUACAUUGACGUUUGAUCUUUAAUGGGUAGUGUAGUACACAACAAUGAAAUAUUUCCAGAACAAGAUGGAGAAGGAAAAUGGGGAGUCGAAAUGGUUGAUAAUGAGUCCCUUGUGAUGAAGAAAAGAAGUGGAGCGCAUUUGACAUGGGAGGACCUUCGAGUUUCGGUUUCAAGCUCUAAUGGAAGUUCAUGUAAAACCAUACUUUCUGGUGCAACUGGUUAUGCUAAACCAGGAGAGAUAGUGGCCAUCAUGGGUCCUUCUGGUUGUGGCAAGUCGACUCUCCUAGAUUCUUUGGCUGGACGGUUGGCGACAAACAUAAGGAGCAGCGGACACGUUUUAAUAAAUGGAAGGAAGCAAAGACUCACAUAUGGCACUAUGGAAUAGAGAAAAUGUGUGCUCUCAUCUCGCCCUCCCCAGGCUUUACCAAUAACUUGCCGUGAGUGGAAUCUUAUUGUGUAUGUUUGUUUAGAACGUGAAUUUUGAGUACAACUAUUUAAUAUUGGCAUAGGCAUAUAUGACUCAAGAACAAGUUUUAACCUGGACUUUAACGGUUAAAGAAACAGUAUACUACUCAGCUGAACUACAACUGCCUAAGUCCAUGCCAAGAUCCCAAAAGAGGGAAAGAGCAGAUAGAAUUAUAAGGGAGAUGGGGCUCCAAGAAUCCAUGAACACAAGAAUAGGUGGUUGGGGAAUCAAAGGUCUUAGCGGUGGCCAAAAACGACGUCUAAGCAUCUGCUUACAACUCCUAACGCACCCUAAACUUCUUUUGCUUGACGAGCCUACGAGUGGUCUGGACAGCGCAGCGUCAUAUUAUGUUAUGGACCGGAUUGUUAAGCUCACACAACAAUAUGGGAUGACAGUUUUAGCAGCUAUCCAUCAACCUAGUAGCCAUGUUUUUGGGCUUUUUCAUAAUUUGUGUCUUCUCUCAUUGGGGAGAAUGAUAUAUUUUGGUCCUACUUUUGCAGCAAAUCAGUUUUUUGCAGCAAAUGGUUUUCCUUGUCCAGAUCUACAAAAUCCUGCUGAUCACUUUCUCAUCACUAUCAACACAGACUUUGAUGAGGACCAUGAUAGUGGACAUUUAACUGUUGAGAAAGUAGUUGAUGUACUUUCUGAAUCCUACAAGUCAUCUGAUAUAUAUAUGGAUGUCAAAAGUGAAAUAGCUGCUACAUGUGGACAGGAAGGAGGCCUGACUGGAAAAGCAGGAUUCCUGAAGGCUGGUUUCAUUACGCAAUGUUGGGUGCUCGUAAAAAGAUCAUUUAUAAACAUGUAUCGCGAUAUAGGAUAUUAUUGGUUAAGGCUUGGUAUAUAUAUUGUUUUGGGUUUUUCGGUAGGAACAGUCUUCUACAAUCUUGGAUAUGGAUUUGGCUCCUUAAACGGUAGGAUUUCAAUGCUCAUGUAUAUCUCUUCAUUCCUUACCAUCAUGGCUAUUGGCGGCUUCCCCUCCUUCAUUGAGGAAUUUAAGGUCUUUCAAUGGGAAAGAUUAAAUGGGCAUUAUGGGGUUGGAUCAUUUGUUAUCAGCCAUGCGAUCUCCUCAACGCCCUACCUACUUCUCUUAUCUUUUAUCCCAGGAGUAAUAGCUUACUCGCUUGUUGGCCUUCAGAGAGAAUAUGAGCAAUUCACCUACUUUGCAUUAGUGCUCUUCGCAUCAAUGUUACUCGUUGAAUGCCUCAUGAUGAUCGUAGCAACCAUCGUGCCAAAUUUGCUCAUGGGCAUUAUAACCGGUGCAGGAAUCCAAGGUAUGAUGAUACUAAGUGCUGGAUUUUUUAGGUUGCCAGAUGAUCUAGCUCCAGUGUUUUGGAAAUACCCUAUGUACCAUGUUUCAUUCCACAAGUAUGCAUUACAAGGAUUGUACAAAAAUGAGUUUCAUGGUCUUAUGUUUCCUGAGUAUGAGGGAGGUCCUAAGGUUAAUGGAGACAUGUUAUUGAAGGAUUUAUUGCAAGUGGAGAUGGGAUAUUCUAAAUGGGUGGAUCUUGGAAUCAUUUUUGGUAUGGUCCUUGUAUAUAGGGUAAUACUCUUUUGUAUUAUAAAGACAACAGAGAAGGUGAAACCUAUUAUUAGAGCUAUCUUGUUUAGUGCAACUUGAUGAAACUAGAAUCCAUGUAGCAAGUCUCUUUUGUUUAUACAUAUAUUGUGUACAUGAAGCUAGCUUGGAACUCAAA